GAAAAGUAUUUCGUUGUGCUUUAGUAUUUACUUCCACACCAAUUUUUUUUUUUUUGGUUUUUAUGUUAAUUUUUUAUUUCUUUUUACACAGGAAAUUGUAUGGCUCAGGAUGUUGUAAAGGAAAAUUUUAAUAAACUUGUUAAUGCCCGGUAUGUGGAACGCCGCCUAGCUCAUGAACCAAACGUCGCACCACCAGAUGAAGAAGAAACUUCUGUGAAGAAGAAAGUUUCAAAGGCUGAUAAGAAGCAAAAAACUGGAAAUUGUACGGCUCAGGAUGCUGUGAAGGAAAAUUUUAAUAAACUUGUUAAUGCCCAGUAUGUGGAAUGCUGCCCAGCUCAUGGACCAAACGUCGCACCACCAGAUGAAGAAGAAACUUCUGUGAAGAAGAAAAAUGAGAUUGAUGUUGAUGAAGAAAAUAGCAAAGAACACCCCACUAGUGUGCCAGUUGGGGAGAAGCGCAAGCAGGGCGAUUUAGAGUCAGAUGCAAUAGAUGGGGCUGAAAAAACAAAGAAAGAAGUUCUUUGGCGACCCAAUUUUGAAGAAUUUAUGCGGCGCCUUAGGCAUAAGGCUUGCAUUGAAAAUGUGAGAACACGGCUUGAUGAUGGAGCUGGCAUUGUUUUAAGUGCAAUGCUGGAGGCAACCGGAAAUAAAGAGACUAAAGUGAAGAUGGAAAAUUCAGUUCCCCUGUCCAUGGAUGCUAUUUAUGAAGAGGUAAUAAAGAGUAUAGAUGGUCGUACCAUGACCUUAGAACUCGUCAGAGUUUCCCUUGUCCAGUUGGGAUGCCAUCCCCUAGAUGAGACAUAUAGUAUUGAUUUGAAGAGCAUUAUCGAACUGGCUCAAAACGAGGAGGUGGAAUCAAUAGUGUUGAAAAGAUAUGGGAGGGAGGCUUACAGGAUGUUCAGGUUAUUGUCAAAGGCUGGUCACCUACUUGAAACUGAUAAGAUUUCAGAUACCACAUUUGUUGAUAAGAAAGAUACAGCAAAGACUCUUUACAUGCUCUGGAAAGAUGAUUACCUGCUUAUGGAGGUAUAUAGUAUCUCUUUUGUUCAUUUGCUUAUUUUUUCUGAUCAGGUGAUAUAAACCCUCUAGAAGAAG